AAUAAAUUGUAAAAAAAAAUCUAUUAUAAAUACAUAAUUUAUAUAAAAUAAUUUCUUGAAAUUAGAAAUUUAAAAUUUGAUUACAUUCAUAUUAUAUUGCAGUAUAUCAAACACAAAUUUAAAUCAGUUGCGAGCAAAAUAUUUUAUAUCAUUUGUUACUCCCCUAUUUUCAGUUUUUCUCUUGGCUUGAGGAACACCAGACUUGAAAUUCUUCAACUAACCAAAAAUGAAAUAUUUCCCUAAUUUCCCUUUUUGGGUCAAGAGAUUUUGGUCCAUUAUCAGACAUGAGCUCCACAACAUUAGGACAGCCAAUCAUUCUAUUUUCCCGAGAAAAUUCUUUCAUGUACGGACCACAGAAGAGAAACUACCCUUACAUAUUCUCCAUGAUCUUGUUGAGUUUAUCUCCCCAUUUUCUUCCCCCAACAAAAAUUUUGUAAAAUAAUUCAAUUCAAGUAUAUCAAGGUUGCUUUUUCCAUAGUUUCUUCACAGUAAGAGCGGUUUCCAGUUCCGGGAAACCGCUCUGCACAUUUCUUCCAUUUUCUUGAUCUUGUUUGUUUUUUUUUUUUCCUUGAAUCGUCCCUUUCUAGUUUUUUUUUUAUGUCUAUGUUGUUGUUUUUCUUUCUGGGUAUUUGAUCACUGGAUUGAAUCUGAUCAUUCCUCUUGAAGAACUGCAUGCAUAAAAGAGGAUCAUCAGUUUCAUUCAUUGAGUUGGGUAUCUGUACCCAAUUCAAGAUUAAAAAAUCAGACUAUUGUUUCCAUUUUGUCUCUAAUCGAAAGAAGAAACAAAAUGGCUAGAUUUAAUCACCAGUGCUCAUCUCCUCAACCUGGUAAAUGGGUGAAAGGCAAAGUUCUUGGAUCAGGAUCCCAAGGCAAUGUUCAUCUCGCCAUGAAUAAAGCCACAGGUGAACUCUUCACUGUAAAGUCUGCAACUUCCAGGAUCGCUGUUCAAUCCUUAGACAACGAGGCUAACUUCCUUUCAAGUUUAGAUUCGCCAUACGUUGUCAAGUAUCUAGGAAACGAUGAAACUUCUCCAAGUAUUUUCCUGGAAUAUAUGCCUGGAGGAAGUUUAUCAGAUGUUGCAGAGAAAUUUGGAGGAGCAUUAGAUGAAGAAGUGAUUCGUUUGUAUACAAGAGAGAUUCUUUGUGGUUUGAAAUAUAUUCAUGGAGAAGGAAUUGUUCAUUGUGAUCUCAAGUGCAAGAAUCUGCUUCUAGGCUCUACAGGAAAUGUAAAAUUGGCAGAUUUUGGAUGUGCAAAGCGAGUGAAAGACAUUGGAAUUUCCUGUCAGGAUAUUGGAGGAACUCCAUUAUGGAUGGCUCCUGAAGUUCUGAGAAAAGAAAGAUUGGAUUUUUCUUCAGAUAUAUGGUCAUUGGGAUGCACUGUUAUUGAAAUGGCUACUGGAAAAACUCCCUGGUUUAAUCUCCAGGUUUCGAAUCCAAUGGCUGCAGUGUUCAAGAUUGCUUGCAGUGAUGAGAAGCCUCAGUUUCCAACUCAUUUCUCCAAAAAGGGGUUGGAUUUCUUGGCAAAAUGCUUGGAAAGGAAUCCUGAAAUGAGGUGGAAUGCUGAAGAACUGCUUCAGCAUCCAUUUAUUUCAGGGAAGUCGAAGAGGAUAUUUGCCCGAUCACCGGCAAGUGUUUUUGACAUUGGGAUCUUUGAUGAGGUUUAUGAUUCAGAUGAAUCAGAAAGUCCUGAUGAAGGUGAGUUCCGAGGCCGAAAUCCAUUCUCAAUAAGGCAAUGUGAGGGAAGGAAUAGAAUAGAGAGGAUGCAUGAGGCUUCAGAUGAUGUGUUUGGCUCAUCAGAAGGUUGGAUUACUGUUAGAUCAGGUUGAAGAAGAUGUACAGAUAGUGCACUCGUGAGCUUAACUCGGUGGAAGUGCAUUUAAGUUAACUUUGGGAUGUUCUAGCUUCAUUCCCUCAAUCCUCCUAUCCUCAUAAAAUAAAAAGUACAUACAGUUGAAUUUCAAUGUACAUUUAAUGAAA